CCCGAGUAUAAAAACCUACCACCCGACCUACGUCCUUAUCAUACACUGUACUCAAUCAAUACAGCAUCAACAUGUACUUCAAAAUCGUAGUAGUCAGCUUCCUCGUGGCGGUCUGCAACGCAGGUCUCAUUGAAGAAGGUCAUGGACAGGCUGUAUCAUCCCAAAGCAUCAUUCGUCACGACCAACCAGCUCAUGGCGCUCAAUACGCCCCAAUUGUGGCUCACGCUGCCCCCAUUCUGACCCAUGCUGCUCCCAUUGUCCAACAUGCUGCACCUCUGAUCCACUCAGCUCCCAUCGUCCAACACCUUGCCCCAGUUGCCCAUGUAGCCCAUGCUGCUCCCAUCGCCGUUGCCCGUGCUGAGCCUAUUGAAGAGCACGCCCCUGCCCACUACGAGUUCUCCUACUCCGUAGAAGACCCUCACACCGGUGACCACAAGUCACAACACGAGAGCCGCGAAGGUGAUGUCGUCAGGGGUGAAUACUCUCUGGUACAGCCCGAUGGUGCCGUCAGAACUGUUGAAUACACCGCUGAUGCUCACAACGGUUUCAACGCCGUUGUACACAACUCAGCCCCUUCUGCACAUGCUGUACCCGCUCAAGUACACGCUGCCCCAGUAGUACAUGCUGCCCCAGUAGUUCACGCUGCCCCAGUAGUACACGCAGUUCACGCUCCAGUCUACCAUGCUGCCCCAGUUCUGGCUCAUCAUGUCGCAGUAAUCCUGUCCGUGCUGGCAUUAGCAGCAGCUGGUGUGGUCCAAAUCGGCCACGGAUACAGCGGCGAGGGCUAUGGCCACGAGGCAGCAUAUGCACCAGUCGCUCAAGUAGCUCAGUAUGAGGGGCACGACGAGCACGUCGAUUACCAUGCCCACCCUAAAUACGACUACUCGUACUCUGUGUCUGACCCUCACACCGGGGAUCACAAGGAACAGCACGAAGCUCGUGAUGGCGAUGUCGUAAAGGGCGAGUACUCUCUUCUUCAACCUGACGGUUCUUUCCGCAAGGUCACUUACACCGCUGAUGAUCACAACGGUUUCAACGCAGUAGUCCACAACACAGCGCCAGUCCAUCCCGAGUACCACCACUAAAUAUACG